AUAAUCACCACAUUGCUAAGCUCGGCACUGCAGGUGUGGUUCCUCACUGUCAACCUCAGAGAAAGACUCGAGAUGAAUGUCUUGAUAUCUUCGUUGUGCAUCGGUUCCUCACUCUCCCGCUAAAGACUCCUGUUAUCUGCCCACUCCUAUAGUUUUAACCUCGGCAUUGACGACUAACGAAAGUCAAACACCACCAACCAUGGCGCAAGCGGCGCAAGCGAAUUCAGAGUUAGGGGACCCUAUGUCUGCCGAAGGCGCUGUCACAAUGAAAAUGAAGGCAAAUCGUGGGGAACGGCCCGAAUGCUUCAGGUCCACUGCUCAAGAAAUACUAUUCGUGUUCACUGCUACCAUGGCAAUUGGAAUGAACUCAUUUACUAUCGGAUCAAUUACUGUCAUCACUUCUUUCAUCGGGAAAGAUUUACACAUGACGAACGCAGAGAUCACGUGGAUUAGUGCCUCCUCAGCACUCUCAUCCGGAUCUCUGCUUCUCUUCUUCGGAAGCGUAGCAGAUCUUUUUGGCCGCAAAUCCAUGUUCAUAGGGAGCAUGGGCUUAUUCUCCGUCCUCUGCCUCGCUGCAGGCUUCUCGAAAACAGGUCUCACGCUCGACAUAUUGAAUGGCAUUAUGGGCGUUUUCUCAGCGUCUGCCGUACCUCCAGCUCAAGGUAUCCUCGGCGUUAUCUAUGAGAAGCCUUCGAAGAGGAAGAACAAGGUCUUCGCAUGCUUCAGCGCCGGCAACCCUCUCGGAUUCGUCUUCGGCUCGAUAUUUUCGGGGAUUGCGACGCAAAUAUUCAAUUGGCGUGCGUCUUUCUGGCUGUUGGCUAUCAUUUAUCUCGUCUUCACGGUGAUCGCACUCUUCACAGUUCCGAAUGAUACGUCGGCCAAGGAGCCGCUGACGUGGGAGACGCUAAAGAAGUUUGAUAUUGUUGGGACGGUUUUGACUAUAGCCGGAAUUGGCAUGUUCUCUGCGUCUCUGAGUCUUGGAGGCGAUGCAUCAGAUGGCUGGAAGACGCCUUACGUACUUGUUCUGCUCAUCCUCGGAAUAUUGGCGAUAGGGCUGUUCAUCGUUUGGGAGAACAAGUAUGAGCACGCGAUGAUACCAAUGAACAUAUGGAGAGACCGUGAUUUCUCCCUCCUUAUAUCAAUCAUGCUCCUCGGCUUCCUAGCCUUCCCAAUCCUCUCUUUCUGGGUCGCGUUGUACCUCCAGCGCAUAGAGCACAUGUCCGCCCUCAACACCGCCGUCCACAUGCUACCCAUGGCCAUCAUGGGCAUCAUUGCAAACAUCAUCGCCGCCCUAAUCCUCCACAAAGUCUCCAACAAGCUCCUCAUGGGCGUCGGCGCCUGCGCCUACACACUCGCCUUCCUCCUCGCCGCCGUCAACCGCCACAGCGACUCUUACUGGGCCUUCAUUUUCCCUGCUCUCAUCUUCUCGGUCAUAGGCGCAGAUUUAGAGUUCAACGUCGCCAACAUGUACGUCCUCUCUUCCCUCCCACCGGCGCGCCAGUCCAUCGCCGGCGCUAUCUUCCAGACCGUCACGAAACUCUGCAUCGCGGUGGGCUAUGGUGUCGCCACCGCGAUCUUCAAUGCCGUGAACGCGAGCCCGGCGAAAUCGGGGUAUUAUGGGAAUGAUCCGUAUCAGCCGUACGCGGCUGUUUUCUGGUUUGGCAUGGCGGCCACUGGGGCGAGUGUGCUGUUGGUGUUUUGGUUGAGGAUUGGGACGCAGGGGCAUGAGGGGCCAAAGGGGGAGGAGGGUGUUGGGAACGGCGAGGAAAGGGGGGUUGGUGAAGUGAAGGAAGAGCCUGCGGGGCAAGUAGAGCUGCAAGAAGAGAGUGUUAGCGGGGAGAAGAAGGAGAUUGAUGUAUGAUAGAAUGUUGCUUUCGUCCGAAGAUCUCCGGCUCUACUUCAUGUACUAUAUAGCCA